AUGUACAAGGCCCGUACCUCUGACCCCAUGGCCCGAACGAAGCCAUCACCAAGGUCGCGGCAACUCGCUACCUGGCAAAGAUUCCAAGUAUCACGCGAUGUAGAUUGGGCGCAGCAGAAAACCGAUCUCACAACAGCGCUACAGCCUGUUCUCAAGGAAGUCCCGGGCUGUACAGCGGUCCAUUUGGGUCGACUUACUACCGAUCCUGAUCACUGCGCUUUUAUCAUAUUCUGGGAGUCCGAGGAGACAAUGGAUGCAUUCUAUGCCUCAAGUGUCUACGCAGACCUUAGUGUUCACAGCUGGUCAAAUCAAUACCCUUGCUUCUCCUUGAAGGAGGUGGGCUACGGUUUCAUGCGAAAGUUCCUCGGCCUCGUUGCGUUGACAUCAGUAGUGCCUUCUCCUUCUGUCAGUGAUAGCUCUGAAUUCGAAAAUGUCAUUAAAGCUGCCUUCGAGGGCUGGUCUCCUGCUGGGUGCGAAUUCAGGGGUGGGGGUUUGCGGCGGUAUCUUUCAUCGACUUGGGCUCGAUCGAAAUCUGUCGAUAAGGUCGAAAGUGUAGCCACCGCGACGCAAGAUGCUGUGGGCCAGGGUUCAUAUUAUCACAUAUUUUGCUGGACCGGAAACGGUGGCUCGCUGGAGAACACUGCUGCUGCUGCAAGAGAUCCAGCGGCGUUCACGUCAUGGGCCACGGCGAUCGCUAAGGCGGGCGAAUCGAUUGAGUCUUGGGAUCAAGAGCUCUGGGAGAUUGAGAGGCUCUUUUGGUGUAACAUAUGAAAGGCGCUGUUGAAUGGCGAUACGCAAGAGAUUGUGGAGAUGUAGCAUAUUGGUAUGAGCCUUCUGCCUCGGACACACUGAGUGGAGCCAGGAGCUUACUCAUC